AUGUUUGUGAUUGCGCAUUCUCGGUGGUGGCAACCUUGUGCUGCAAUCGCGAUCCUCGUCUCGCAAACUGCAGCCGAACUCUUCUACACAGCAACUAGUCCUGCGAUUCAAGACGGCCUCUUGAACAGGCCUCCGUCCAUCUGCUCCAUCGCACAAGACGGCUAUACCACCAACACUUUUCCAUGGACCCAUCACCCGACUUGUGUCGAUCUUACACUUCACGAUCUUCACGACCCGGACGUUGAGUUUCGUCGAACCUUUUGCGCAUACACUAACCGUGACUACAAUGACAAUCGCGGUAUAAGUCUUGUAGUUCCUCCAGAAGUUGCAGCGACGUUCACAAAUGAGGCCUACAGUCUAGCACUCGGUGGCUUGGAUGGUCAGAUUGGCGAAGAGCUGGGCAUGUGGGAAGUGAGGGAAACGGAAGACAGGGGAAAGGGCUUGUUCGCGAAGAAAGAUGUAGCUGCUGUUUUCGCCGGAGAGAGCUUGAUUGUACAGACGCCCGUCUUGUUGGUCUCCAAGGAAUUACUUACGACGGACAUGGCGUCCGAGCUGGAGAGGGUGUUGAAGGCCGCUGUAGAGCAAUUGCCGAGUGCUACCCAGGAACAAAUCAGAGCACUGGAUUCUUCGAAUGCCGCCGUCCCGAUUAAUGUGGUACGCGAAACUGGUAUACGGAUCAAUUGGCCGUGGGCGGACGAGGUUCCCAAACUUCUCGCUGUCAUUCCAGAGGCUGCUCGUAUCAAUCAUGCAUGCCGCCCGAAUGCCGGCUGGCGAUUCAAUGACUACACAAUGUCUGUCGAAAUCUUUGCACUGAAGGACAUCAAACCGGGCGAGGAGAUCACUGUGAGCUAUGGCUUCGAAACUCGAUCCUCCGCAAGGCGUAUGAAAUCCAUCGAAGCGAAUCUGGGCUUCACGUGCCGCUGCUCACUGUGCAGCGCUGAUCAAGAUGUCAUUGAAGCCUCCAACGAUCGUCUCAGUGAAAUCAAAGCGCUGAAGUCUGUCCUACCUACUGAUGAAAAAGAAUCCCACGAAAUCGCGAGGCUUUUGCCAUUUCUUAUUUCUCAACUCGAGAAAGAGGAUCUACAAAUGGAUUUGCCAAAAUAUGAAGAAAUCUUGGCGUACACGUGGUCUAGCUUCGGUAUGGAAGACCGAGCCAAGUACUGGGCUGGCAGGGCAAGAAAGCAUUGGGCAGUCAUUGCGGGGAAAGAUAGUUGGCAGCAGAAGAGAUGUGCUGAUCUCGAGGACGAUGUCAGGGCACAUCCUACUUGGAUGACGUGGCAAGGGGAUCCAUGGGUAGAUGUAGGCGAGGGACAAUCAUAG